CUGCAGGCUCCCUCGCUCGCCCUGCGGAGGCGGAGACGGCGCCGGCGAGGACGCCGAGGGGACCCGCCGAGCUUCCCAUGGCUGACCUGAGCUUCAUCGAAGAUUCCGUCGCCUUCCCCGAGAAGGAAGAGGAUGAGGAGGAAGAGGAGGAGGGUGUGGAGUGGGGCUACGAGGAAGGUGUUGAGUGGGGCUUGGUGUUUCCCGAUGCUAAUGGUGAAUAUCAGUCUCCUAUUAACCUGAACUCAAGAGAAGCCAGAUACGACCCCUCACUGCUCGAUGUCCGCCUCUCUCCAAAUUACGUGGUUUGCCGAGACUGUGAAGUCACCAAUGAUGGACAUACCAUUCAAGUGAUCCUGAAAUCAAAAUCAGUUCUCUCAGGAGGACCAUUGCCUCAAGGACAUGAGUUUGAACUGCAUGAAGUUAGAUUUCACUGGGGUAGAGAAAACCAGCGUGGCUCUGAGCACACCGUUAACUUCAAAGCCUUUCCCAUGGAGCUCCACCUAAUCCACUGGAACGCCACCCUGUUUGGCAGUAUUGACGAGGCUGUGGGGAAGCCACAUGGAAUUGCCAUCAUUGCUUUGUUUGUUCAGAUAGGAAAAGAACAUGUAGGUCUGAAGGCUGUGACUGAAAUUCUCCAGGAUAUUCAGUAUAAGGGGAAGACGAAGAUAAUACCCUGCUUUAAUCCUAAUACUUUAUUACCAGACCCUCUGCUGCGAGAUUACUGGGUGUAUGAAGGUUCUCUUACUAUCCCACCUUGCAGUGAAGGUGUGACCUGGAUAUUAUUCCGCUACCCUCUAACUAUAUCACAGCUACAGAUAGAAGAGUUUCGAAGGCUGAGGACGCAUGUGAAAGGCGCAGAGCUCGUGGAAGGCUGUGAUGGGAUUUUGGGAGACAACUUUCGGCCCACUCAGCCCCUUAGUGACAGAGUCAUCAGAGCUGCCUUUCAGUAGCUGAAGAGACCAGGAACCAGUCCAUCUUCAUCUGGAGGAAGACAGUGGUCCUAUUGUGCCCUCGAAGGAGAAACGGAAACUUUUGAGCUGCAACCUUGGUUUGCCCUCAAAGCCUACAUUGUCUGUCUUCAUCUAAUCCAGCCUUCACGGACGUCGGUGACAGUUGUCCGCGCACAUGCACUAAUGAAAUAGUAGAAAUGGCUGUACAUUCAAAGAAAUCCCACAUUAUAUAUUCACUUCACUGCUAUUAGUAUUCAUAUUUUUGCAUAUACUACGUAUUGCUUAGCAUAGAAGGAAUGAAACUAGUUUUCAGAGCUGUUAUUAACAUGAGUAUAUAUGUGUGUGUGUGUAUAUAUAUAUACAGCAUGUAUUAAUAUUGAGACAGGAAAAAGACAUUCCCAGCAUUAGUAUUUCUUUAUUUCCUGUCUCCAGCAGAAAAUCACUCAUUCAGAGAAUAAUGUAAUUCUUGAUAAUAAAAUAAAAGUUUUGGUGAAGAAAAACAUAGAACUUCAAAAUGCAGUGUGAAAGGUUAAUAAAACUAAUGUCUCCUGUUGUUUUUCAGCACCCGAACCACAGUGGCUGGGCUGGUUUGUUGUGGACAACAUAUUGGGAGUCAAUGCAACAACAUAGUAUUUGACAUAUUAAUUUCCUACUUAAAGGGUUUAACUGAACAUUUGAAUCUAAUCAUUGUGUUUAUUUGACAUAUUAGAAACUGUGGUAUCUAUGAAUUUGGGAAAGGUUUAAGAAAUUAAUUAGAAAGAAGGUGGAUAGAAGGUACCAGGAAUAGCUUUAUUUUCCAUGAAUAAGAAUAUAAAUUGAAUAUCGUAUAUUAAUGUUGUAUACUUUGUAAGACUUUAAAUAUUUUAUUCUAUCCAUUUCAUUUCUUCAGUAUGUCAAAACAUUUCUUUUGAGUAUGACCAACAAUACCUUAUUUUAAUUAAUUUUAAGGCCUACUUGCACAUUUCAGCAUAUAUUUAAUUACAGUUAGAUGUAAUAGAAUGAGAUAAUUUAUGUAAAACAAUAUAGUGUCUGGCACAAAGUGCUUAAUAAGUGUUAUUUGUUGUUGUUAUCGUAAAACCAAUGACUUCAGUAACAGUCCCAGUAUGAUACAAAAUAUCUUAAGUUAGAAGUAGAAAUAAUACAGAUGUUACAAGUAUAUAUUCAGGGAAUUUAGAUGUGUUGGGUAGAGGUUGUAAUAAUGAAAGAUUUAAAUACAAAUAAAAAUUACAGCAGGUAGACCUGAAAACAGAAGCUAAGAUGGUACAUUUGGGAGCCUGGGGGCAGGCAGAGGAAAGGUCUAGAGCUGGGACAAUGCGAUCUGCAUGUAGCCCUGGACCUUGUCAGGGCAACAUCAGGCAGGGCCUCUGAUAGGUGGAGAGAGACCCUGGAGUAGGCCUUUUUGUAGUUUCUUACAUACAAAAAUGAAAUGGCAAAGCGUGUGUACCACAAUUGUGAUAUAUUUAAAUAUUUACAUUUUACAGACUAGUACUGUUAACCACAUGCGUGCCAAACAGUGGCUACAAAAGUAGCCUUAUUUGUGGUUAACAUCAGAAGAUUAUCAUCCAAGACUAGAUACGAUGCCCUUCAUGAAUGAGAAUCCAGCCCAGGGGCACCCCUGGUCAUGCCUUUGGUAGACCCUGUAUUCAGGUUCCGAAAAAGCAAUACUCAAGUACCCAGCUUUUCCACUCCUGAUGAUUGGUAGCAGCCAGGGACUGUUCUUGGACUUCUGAUGCUUCUAGCAGUCUCCAGUCAUCUUGCCUUGAAAACUACAGAGUAAACACAACAGCUACAAAAACUAAUUCCAGUGUUUUUCAGAGCAAUAUCUGAGCUCUA